AUGGCAGGUUUGCAAGCCCUGAUCCGCCCAGACUGCCACAACGCCGCUCUGGAGAGGGCUCUGCCACAACGCCGCUCUGGAGAGGGCUCUGCCACAACGCCGCUCUGGAGAGGGCUCUGCCACAACGCCGCUCUGGAGAGGGCUCUGCCACAACGCCGCUCUGGAGAGGGCUCUGCCACAACGCCGCUCUGGAGAGGGCUCUGCCACCACGCCGCUCUGGAGAGGGCUCUGCCACCACGCCGCUCUGGAGAGGGCUCUGCCACAACGCCGCUCUGGAGAGGGCUCUGCCACAACGCCGCUCUGGAGAGGGCUCUGCCACAACGCCGCUCUGGAGAGGGCUCUGCCACCACGCCGCUCUGGAGAGGGCUCUGCCACAACGCCGCUCUGGAGAGGGCUCUGCCACAAUGCCGCUCUGGAGAGGGCUCUGCCACAAUGCCGCUCUGGAGAGGGGAAGACCAGGCCAGCAUGGCGGUCCCUGGGAGGAAGGGCUCUGCGCUUGGGGCUGUGCUGGCCCUCUGCUGUCUCAUCCUGACCUCCUGCCCUGGAGCCACAUCCACAGUGGCCGCCGACUGUCCUGACCAGAGCCCUGAGCUGCAGCCCUGGAGCCCCGGCCACGACCAGGACCUUGGUGUGCACAUCGGGCGGGGGGAGGCGCUGCUGCUGACCUCCUCCGCCACAGUCCACUCCAUCAGCAUCGCGGAUGGAGGCAAGCUGGUCAUUAAGGACUACCAGGAGCCCAUUGUUUUACGAACCCGGCACAUACUGAUUGACAGUGGAGGAGAACUGCAUGCUGGGAGUGCCCUCUGCCCUUUCCAGGGCAACUUCAGCAUUGUGUUGUACGGAAGGGCUGAUGACCCGGGCGCCCAGCCAGACCCGUACUACGGCCUGAAGUACAUUGGCGUUGGGAGAGGAGGCACCCUCGAGCUGCACGGGCAGAAAAAGCUCUCCUGGACUUUCCUCAGCAAGACCCUUCGUCCGGGGGGCUUGGAGGAGGGAGGAUAUUUUUUCGAAAGGAGCUGGGGCCACCGUGGCGUCAUCGUUCACGUCAUUGAUGCGAAGUCAGGCUCAGUCAUCCACUGUGACCGGUUUGACACGUACAGGUCCAGGAAGGAGAGUGAGCGUCUGGCCCAGUAUCUGAGCGCAGUGCCUGAGGGCAGGAUCCUCUCGGUCGCAGUGAACGAUGAAGGCUCUCGACACCUGGAUGACCUGGCCCGGAAGGCAGUGACCAGACUGGGCAGCAAACACUUCCUACACCUUGGAUUUAGACACCCGUGGAGCUUCAUCACCGUGAAAGGAAACCCCUCUUCCUCGGUUGAAGACCACAUUGAGUAUCACGCACAUGGAGGCUCUGCUGCCGCACGAGUUUACAAACUGUUCCAGACGGAGCACGGCGAAUACUUCAAUGUUUCCUCAUCCAGUGAGUGGGUCCAAGAUGUGGAGUGGACAGAAUGGUUCGACCAGGACAAAGUGUCUCAGACUAAAGGUGGGGAGAAGAUUUCAGACCUCUGGGCAGCUCACGCAGGAAGGAUCUGCAGCCAUCCCAUCGAUGUUCAGGCCACAACCAUGGAUGGCGUUGACCUCAGCACCGACAUUGUCUAUAAGAAGGGCCAGGGCUAUAGGUUUGCCUGCCACGACCUUGGCCGCGCCUGCCAGAGCUACCGUGUGCGCUUCCUCUGCGGGAAGUCUGUGAGGCCCAAACUCACGGUCAGCAUCGACACCAACGUGAACAGCACCAUCCUGAGUCUCGAGGACGACGUGCAGACGUGGAGGCCGGGAGACACGCUGGUUGUAGCCAGCACCGACUACUCCAUGCACCAGGCAGAGGAGUUCCGGGUUCUUCCCUGCAGAGCCUGUGCUGCCAACCAAGUCAGAGUGGCAGGGAAGCCGCUGUACCUGCACAUCGGGGAGGAGAUAGAUGGCGUGGACAUGCGGGCGGAGGUCGGGCUCCUCAGCCGGAACAUCGUGGUGAUGGGGGAGGUAGAGGACAAGUGCUACCCCUACAACAACCAUGUCUGCAGCUUCUUCGACUUCGACACCUUCGGGGGUCACAUCAAGUUUGCCCUGGGCUUUAAGGCUGCACAUCUUGAGGGUGUGGAGCUCAAGCACAUGGGGCAGCAGCUGGUGGGCCAGUACCCAAUUCACUUCCACCUGGCUGGAGACGUGGACGAGAAAGGAGGCUACCACCCACCCACGUACAUCAAGGACCUCUCCAUCCACCACACAUUCUCCCGCUGCGUCACCGUCCACGGCUCCAAUGGCCUGUUGAUCAAGGACGUUGUGGGGUACAACUCCCUGGGGCACUGCUUCUUCACGGAGGACGGACCAGAGGAGCGCAACACCUUUGACCACUGCCUGGGCCUCCUCGUGAAGUCGGGAACCCUUCUCCCCUCUGACCGGGACAGCAGGAUGUGCAGGGCCAUCACAGACGACUCCUACCCGGGGUACGUCCCCAAGCCCCGGCAGGACUGCAACGCUGUGUCCACCUUCUGGAUGGCCAACCCCAACAACAACCUCAUCAACUGCGCAGCGGCAGGGUCCGAGGAAACGGGAUUUUGGUUCAUUUUCCACCACGUUCCCACGGGCCCUUCCCAGGGGAUGUACUCCCCUGGCUACUCAGAACACAUUCCCCUGGGCACGUUCUACAACAACCGAGCACAUUCCAACUACCGGGCUGGCAUGAUUAUAGACAACGGAGUCAAAACCACAGAGGCCUCGGCCAAGGACAAGCGGCCUUUCCUCUCCAUCAUUUCUGCUCGGUACAGCCCUCAUCAGGACGCGGACCCCCUGAAGCCCCGGGUGCCAGCCAUCAUCAAGCACUUCACUGCCUACAAGAACCAGGACCACGGGGCCUGGCUGCGUGGCGGGGACGUGUGGCUGGACAGCUGCAGGUUUGCUGACAACGGCAUUGGCCUGACCCUAGCCAGCGGUGGGACCUUUCCCUACGAUGACGGCUCCAAGCAGGAGAUAAAGAACAGCCUGUUUGUUGGUGAGAGCGGCAAUGUGGGCACAGAAAUGAUGGACAACAGGAUCUGGGGCCCAGGCGGCUUGGACCACAGUGGAAGGACCCUUCCUAUCGGCCAGGACUUUCCUAUUAGAGGGAUUCAGUUCUAUGACGGCCCUGUCAACAUUCAGAACUGUACCUUCCGUAAGUUCGCGGCCCUGGAGGGCCGUCACACCAGCGCCCUGGCCUUCCGUCUGAACAACGCUUGGCAGAGCUGCCCGCACAACAAUGUGACCCAAGUUGUCUUUGAGGACGUCCCGAUUACUUCUAGAGUGUUCUUUGGAGAGCCUGGACCGUGGUUCAACCAGCUGGACAUGGAUGGGGACAAGACCUCUGUGUUCCAUGACGUGGACGGCUCCGUGUCUGAGUACCCUGGCUCCUACCUCACCAAGGAGGACAACUGGCUGGUGCGGCACCCAGACUGCAUCAACGUCCCCGACUGGAGGGGGGCCGUCUGCAGCGGGCGCUACGCACAGAUGUACAUUCAGGCCUACAAGAGCAGCAACCUGCGGAUGAAGAUCAUCAAGAACGACUUCCCCACCCACCCGCUCCACCUGGGGGGCGCCCUUGCCCGCAGCAGCCACUACCAGCAGUACCAGCCCGUGGUCACCCUGCAGAAGGGCUACACCAUCCACUGGGACCAGACGGCCCCUGCAGAGCUAGCCAUCUGGCUCAUCAACUUCAACAAGGGCGACUGGAUCCGCGUGGGGCUCUGCUACCCCCGCGGCACCGUCUUCUCCAUCCUCUCCGACGUGCACAAUCGCCUGCUGAAGCAGACGUCCAAAACCAGCACCUUUGUGAGGACCUUGCAGAUGGACAAGGUGGAGCAGAGCCACCCCGGCAGGAGCUACUACUACUGGGACGAGGGCUCAGGGCUGCUGUUCCUGAAGCUCAGAGCCCAGAACGAGAGGGAGAGGUUUGCCUUCUGCUCCGUGAAAGGCUGCGAGAGAAUAAAGAUCAAAGCCCUGCUUCCGAGGAACGCGGGCGUCAGCGACUGCACGGCCGCCUACCCCAGGUUCGCCGAGCGGGCCCUGGUGGACGUGCCCAUGCCCAGGAAGCUCUCUGGGGCUCAGCUGAAGACAAAAGACCGUUUCCUGGAGGUGAAGAUGGAGAGCUCCAGGCAGCACUUCUUCCAUCUCCGCGGCGACUUCGCUUACGUGGAGGUGGACGGGAGGACGUUCCCCAGCCUGGAGGACGGCGUCCAGGUGGUGGUGGUGGACGGGCGCCGGGGACACGUGGUGAGCCACGCCAGCUUCAGGGCCUCCGCUCUGCAGGGAGUCCCACGGCAGCUCUUCAACUACGUGUCCGCUAUCCCUGACAAUUCCAUAGUUCUCAUGGUGUCAAAAGGAAGGCACACCACCAGAGGCCCAUGGACCAGGGUGCUGGAAAAGCUAGGGGCAGACAAAGGGCUCCGACUGAAAGAGAAAAUGGCUUUGGUUGGCUUCAAGGGCAGCUUCCGGCCCACCUGGGUGACUCUGGAGACCGAGGACCACAAGGCCAAAAUCUUCCAAGUGGUGCCCAUCCCCGUGCUGAGGAAGAAGCGGCUCUGAGGACCGCGGCCACCUGGGUGCCACUGGUGGUGGACCUGACACGGACUCAUGGCCUCAGCCGGCCAGGGCAGGACGGAGGGCUUCCCCAGCCCGUCCAGCCACAGCCCAGCCGCCUGCUGCCUGGAAGGCCAAGUCUCAGCCCGGAUGGGCCUCUGGCGGGCUAUUGGAAGCCCUUGGUGCUGCCUCCUGCCCGUCGGGUCUGCCUGGAGCCCUGGCAGUGCUGGCUGGUGCUCUUUCCUACGGCCUCCCGGGCGCUUCUCUAUCUGCGCCUCUUGCGCAGGGGGUGUAGGGCCAUCCAAGGAGGAGGCCAGAGUGUGUCAGCAGCCGUGGUCUAUUUGGGCAAGCUAGGAGGUUCCUGAGGGCUGGGUCAUCCCAGAGCCCUGCGCUCGCCAGCAGAUGGCUUGGGGGAACAGGAGGAGAAACAGGGCCCCUGGCCUUAAGGUGCUUUAUCCCGGUGAGCCUAUGUGCAGACGGGGCUGGUCAGGAGGGAGCCAGCUUCCCAGGGGAGGAGGCUGGCUUGGGCAGGCUGGGCUUUCCAGGCUUCAUCCAGCCCACUGGGACUUGGACUGGGUGGUCCUCAAAAGAGGUCCUGGAAUCGCUGGCUUUUCACAUGUACCCGGAAUGGCCCAGUCUCUGUGACGGGUGGGUUGUGGGGCACACAGGACUGAAUGGCCAGUGUGGGCAGGGUGGGUCAGCGGCCAGGCCUCUGCGCUUUGAUGCUGGGCAGGGAUCCUGAGAGGCAGAUGGGAUGGGGCCAUUCGGUGGAGCAAAGAUGGCAUGUGCCUGUGGCCCUGCGAUGCUCACGGGAGGGAGGGAGGGAGGGGGCCACCUGGGUGGAGAGAUGAGGUAGUGGCCAGAGCUGGGUGCUCGCCGGAAGCCUUUGCUCUGCCAGCUGGCCCACUCACAACAGGGCCAUGGAGAGGAGGGGGCUGGGCUGUGCCCAGUGCCCCGCAGAGCUCAGUCUGCAGCGGCCCUUCAGCUCCAAGGGGGGGUGGGGUCAAGCCCACGGUCAGGAGCCCCUGUGCUCGGCACCCAGAGGCCGACCCUAAUGCUCCCGUGCCCCAGGGAGCCUGGGCUGAGCUGGAGAGGGCCUCAGGAACACCCCGUUCAAAGCCUCCGUGCCACAGCUGGGGAAAAGGAGUCUCCUGGCCAGGCUGGGCUUCGGGCAGGGCCCCAGGCACUGUACCCAGGCAGGCCAGGGUCCUGGGCUCCCGAAGGAUUAGAAUGGAACACUCGAGCCACGGCUAUUUUCCUGCUGUCCCUCCCUCUGCACAGAGCCUCCGGUCUCUCGUGGUGCUGGCCAACUUUGCCUUCUCUGCUGUCUGCUGGCUUCCAGGUGCCUCGCGGCUGCUUCCACAGCUGUGCACGCAGCCAGCGGGCAGGACCACCUCGAGCCAGAAUGGCUCGCUGUGGGAGUCUGAGGAGCCGCUGGCCCCAGCGUGGGCUCCGCUCCCUCAGCCCACAGCAGGCACAACCGCCCACCUCUCACUCGGGAAGCCUCGGGGUCUCACGCGCCAUAUGUGGAUCACAAACUUUCCUUCAGGGCUUGCGUAGCUCCUCUGUUGGCUGGUCCCUGUCCUCCCUGGGUGGCCAUGACCGUGGCCAGCAAGGCCACCCCCACGCAAAGGGUCUUCCAGCCACGGGGGGCCCCAGGGGGCCCCUGCUUCCUGCAGCUCCAGGUCCCGACUGGACGCACCCGAAGGUACGAGCACUUCCGGGUCACAGAUGUGGACAUCACCAAGGUCCUCAGAGCUGUGCACCACAGCCCAGCAUCUGCACCCGAGACUUCCCACUAAACCAUUCGCCGAGAGACAGUCCGUGUCCAGGCAUUUGAUAGCACAAACUUCCUCACUGCUUGGAGAGCUGCUCUUGUUCUUGUGUCAUAGUUGAGUUAGCCCCUUAAGGCAAACAAAGUCCUCUGACAGGUGUCUUCCUGUUGCCCAUGUUUUUUUCUUCAGGAUCUGGAUGGUCUGUUUGUGUGUAGACAUUUCAUGAACAAAGAUGUAUUUUCUAUUUAUUUAUUACAUAUGCCUUCAGUAAGUCACUGUCAGAAAAAUGAAGUUGUUUUGAACGCUCUCUCUGAGGAUGUCCUGUGGACUGCUUGGAAGGAGUUUGCCCUGAGCCAAAGACGUGGGCUCUGGUUUGGAAAACCUUGCUGCGCAUACAUAAUAAACAUAUAAAGAGGGUCACUAUCUCAUCUGCUUUUUUGUUUUCUAUUAAAGUAGGCCGCCUUCGUUUUAUGGAAAUAAAACCACCCUCUCCGUGAGGUGCCCGUCUUCCCCCAGGCCCGGCUUACUUGAUCCCAGACUCAGCCUCCAGCACAGCAGGAGCCAUCUGAUCUCCCACACCCUGCAGAGCUGGGCCCAUAAACGUGUGCUCAGGGUGCUGAAUGAAGGCACAGGCAGCCUGUCUCCCUUCUGCUGCCGCCACUGAGGCCAGCGCCUAGGCCAGGCGUUACCCAGGGUGAGAGCAAAAGAAAAGCCUCGUGCACGGGUACUGCAAAGAGUGGCCCCGGGCCCCUUUUUGAAAAAAAAUACUGCAAGGUGUUCUCCAGACAGAAGAUUCAAGAGUCAGAAAGGGCUGAUGUGAGAAAAGCAAGCAACCACUCUAAAAGCACAGAGAUACUGAAGGAAGCUUAUAUAUCCACACUUCAUGGGAGGGAAAAACCAGAACCACUUGGUAAUGGUGAUGCCAUUAUUCAGAAAUGAAGGCUGGGACUGUGAUGCCAGAAUAUAAAAAGCAAUGCUGUGAGGAGGGAGCCGCCGGAGAGAAGCUGCAGUAAUUCCUCCCUCCCUGCAGGAGGAAAUGUGCCGUUCCUUUGUAGACACUGGUACAUUUGUAAUUACAGGUUUAAGAUUGAAAACAAACUAAUGGUGAUAAUUAAUCCUACUUAAGAAACGAGAUGUCUCCUUUGCAAACCAUUACAAAAGAUAAGAGCAA